AUGUUGGCAUACACUACAGACAAUGCGGAUAUUGACUACCCACCGGGAACAACUUUUAAGCAAGAGCCAGCACCGUCGAGAACAUGCCCCGGAGAAAUCACAUUAACAGACGAUACAAAACAAACAAUCACUGCGAAGGACGCAACGCUUACGAAGGAUAAGAAGUGCUUGAUUACCGUGAAAAAUCAGGAUUCCGGUUAUAAUGUACUCCUCACUUUCACGGAACUUCAGUUCGGAGAUGGCACGGAAACAUGUGAUACGGAUUACGUGAAGUUUGCGAAAGAUGAAGCAUCCCUGACAAGUGCGGAUAAACAUUGCAAAGUUCCUAGCCCAGCGGAACAAACGAUCGAAGGGGGAAGUGCUUUCAUCGAGUAUUUUGCCAGUACGGCGCAGAAGAAAACGACAGGUUUCGUUGCCACAGUUCAACGCGGUGAGUUUUGA